UUUCAAGUUAACACUCAUAUUUAAUCAUUAUGAUGAAUCAUUAUUAAAAGUCAUGUAUAUGUCUGGGUUGGAUAUUUAGUAAAACUGCUCCUUCCAAGCUGCUGCGGAGGAAACGCGUCUCCCCUCAGAGUGUCGGUGGUUCGAUCCCUCUUCUCACCUGUUGAUCACCUCUGCUCCUCAUCAUGGCCACACGGGUUCGACCGGGCAACAAGCGCUGCGCGGUGAUCGGGGGCUCCGGGUUCCUGGGCAGACACCUGGUGGAGAAGCUGCUGGACAAAGGCUACACCGUGUCCGUGUUUGACAUCCGCCAGAGCUACGAGCUGCCCGGGGUCACCUUCCACCUGGGAGACCUGUGUGACCCGCAGGCUCUGGCGCCGGCCCUGAGAGAUGUGUCCCUGGUCUUCCACUGUGCGUCUCCGGCCCCUGGCAGUGACAACCGGGCACUGUUUGAGACUGUGAACAUCAAGGGCACACGCACCGUUAUUCAGGCCUGUGCUGAGGCUGGAGUACAGAAAUUGGUCCUGACCAGCAGUGCCAGUGUGGUGUUUGAAGGGACAGACAUUAAGAACGGAGGAGAGGACCUGCCCUACGCUAAGAAGCCCAUCGACUACUACACAGAGACCAAGAUCGAGCAGGAGAAGUUGGUCCUGGCAGCUUGUGACAAGGAGAAGGGUUUCCUCACCGUCGCCAUCCGGCCUCACGGCAUCUUCGGCCCUCGGGACCCACAGCUGGUUCCGAUCCUGGUGGAUACGGCUCGUAGGGGCAAGAUGAAGUUCAUCAUUGGUGAUGGGACUAAUCUGGUGGAUUUCACCUUUGUGGAGAACGUGGUGCAUGGACACAUCCUGGCUGCUGAGCGCCUGAGAGCCGACUCCCCCCUCUGUGGAAAGCCGUACCACAUCACCAACGACGAGCCGGUGAGAUUCUGGGACUUCAUGUCUGACGUGCUGGUCGGGCUGGGAUACGCUGCUCCUCGCUACCACCUCCCCUACACCCUGGUGUAUGGAUUGGCCCUGCUCCUCUGGCUGCUGGCCCUCAUCCUGCGCCCCCUAGUGUCCAUAAAACCCACGUUUACCCCAAUGAGAGUGGCCCUGGCUGGAACCCACCACUACUACAGCUGUGAACGAGCCAAGCAGGACAUGGGCUACAAACCGGUGGUGGGUCUGAAGGAGGGGAUCGCCCGCACCGUGCAGAGCUACCCUCAUCUCAGACAAGGGGCGUGACCAUACCAUGGAGAUGAAGACUGUAGAGACAUGUGAAUCUGUGCAUGUCAGUAGUUAUGUGCGUGGUUAGAAUAAUAGGAUCAGGUCACACUGAAUGGACAAAUCAAAUAUAGAAAAGAGACAUUUUUUCUUUAUCCAAACCUCACUGUGUUAAUGGUCAUGUGUGAAUUUCACCAGCAGGUGGCAGCAGAGACGGUCCUUGUUCUGGUUAACACGUUACAGUCUGCUAUUAGAAAAGUUUGAAAGCACUUGAAGUGAUCUUACACUGUGGAAAACGUUCAUGUUUCACCUGUGUGCUGUACACACACUGAGAUGCUGCUGAUUAACCCAAAUGCCUUAAUACAAGUUUGUUCUCCUCACACAA